AGCCGCGCAACUUGUGUCUAAACCUAUAAUCGUGGCUUUGAACGCCCAAUAUCUUUCCAAACACAUCAGUCCUAAAGUUAAAUUAGACUGGCCGACAGAGUGCCCCAAACACAAGGGCGGGAGGGAGAAGCUCAUGAUAAGACUACAUUUCCCAGAAGUCAGUGGGGGCGAGAUUCGAGAACAGGAAGUGAAGUAAGCAGGGUCAAAAGGUGCAGGAGCAGGCGGCUAGGGGCAUGUGGCUCCAUGCCACCAGUCGCUGACCCUCGGCCUGUCGUAAGCGUCCUACGUGCUGGCUAAAACAGUAGGAAGGGCAGCAUGGCAGCUGCAGCUGGUGAGCAAAAGGAGUUGCUGGCUCUGAUGCACAAACAUUUGGUCCAGAUUGGCUACGAGAAAGCGGCAAAGGAGCUGCUGCGACAGAGCGGUCAGAAAAACUUCCCAUCGCCCUCAGUCCCUCUUGAGGAUAUCUUCAUUCAGUGGAAGAAAGCUUCCUUCCAAGCCCAGAAACGAAAGGGAGAUGAUAUCAAGACAGACAUUCCAGCAAAGAUCAGAAUUCCUGACCCUGAGAGCAGCUCUGAGACCUCAGAAGAGGAGGACGUGGCAAGCCCUGUAAAAACUAACCUUCCUGUGAAUAACAGCUCUACAGCCCAGGCAGAAAGUAGUAGUGAAGAUGAAGAUUCAUCCUCUGAAGAAGAUGUUGUUUCUGGAAAGAUAGUAAAGCCUACUGUGACAGGAAAUCAAACAGCUACACCUCUGCAGCUUGCCGCUCAAAAAGCCAAUUCUGUCCCAGGUAAAGGGGUAGCCAUAGCUUCUGUCCAAGCAAAAGAGAGACCAAACAAAGCUAACUCAAACAAACCAUCUCCUUUACUUAUGGCCAAAGCUGGACAGAAUAAAGUUCUUUCAGGCAAACCAGAAGCUGCCUCGCCCUCUCAGAUUCUCAAAGGACAGACUACAGCACCAGUAACCACUGCACAGAAGGCAGCAGCGUCUGAAAGCAGUAGCAGCUCAUCAGAGAGUGAGGAAGAAAUGACAUCAACAGCAGUAAAAACCCCAGCUCCCCAGCAAGCUCUAAAAAAGACUGAGAGCAGCAGUGAGGACUCCAGUGAGGAUUCUGACUCCGAAGAAGAAGAAGAAUCAAAUGCAGCAGCUGUUCAGAUAAAGCCAGCUGUACAACGUCCACCAAUUAGUGCAAUGCCAGUGAAAAGCUGUCCUACCCCUGUCACGUCUUCUAAAGGAUCUACAGUAAAGGUAUCUCAGGUUUUCAAAGGACAAACUAAAACACAAGUAAGCAUUGCACAAAAGGUAGUAGUCUCUGAAACCAGUAGCAGCUCAUCUGAGAGUGAGGAAGAAAAGACAUCAACAACAAUAAAAGCCCCAAUUCCCAAACCAGCUCUAGAAAAGACUGAGAGCAGCAGUGAGGACUCCAGUGAGGAUUCUGACUCCGAAGAAGAAGAAUCAAAUGCAGCAACUGUUCAGGUAAAGCCAGCUGUGCAAAGUCCACAGAUCAGUGCAACGUCAGUGAAAAGCUCUCCUGUCACUGUUGCAUCUUCUAAAGGAUCCACAGUAAAGGCCUCUCUAGCAAAGACAAAGGCAAAAUCAUCUGAAAAAACACCUCAGACUUCUGCAGCAUCAGUGAAAAAUGCACUGCCAAACCUGCUGUCAAGCAAGGCAACCUCUACUCCAGCUCCUUUGAAGCAAACAUCAAAGCCCUCUGUGCCAAGCUUGGUGAAACCUGCACUUCUGCCUCCCGUCAAGGUUGCUGGGAGUGCAGAGAGCUCAGAAAGCAGUGAAUCAUCAUCUGAGAGUGAGGAUGAAGUUCUCCCAGUUCCAGUAAGCCAGAAGAUCUCGCAAAAUCGCACUCCAGCCUCCCCAGUUUGGAGUCGGGAAUCCAAUCCGGCUGCUAAACCUGGCACCCCAGUGAAGGCUCCUUCAAGUGUUCUGAAAAAGGAGGAAACUGAGAGCGAGAGCAGCAGCUCAUCUGACAGCGAAGACGAAACAGUCCCAGCAGCACAAAACCUGCCACCUCCAUCUGCAACCAAAUCAAAUGCUGCAGCUCAGCUCACACAUGCCAAGGCAGCCAGUUCUGCAUCGGCACCACUCAAGGCAUCCCAACAGAGUGAAGACAGUAGCCAAGAUUCAAGCGAUGAGUCUGACACAGAAGAAGACACGGUGUUCACUCAGAAAUCAUCUCCGGUGGCACAUAAACUCUUAGUCACUCCCAUAAGAGCUCUGACUGCAAAGACUACAGGUGUUGCAUCGGGCAAAGCAUGCAGUGUGCAGUCAGCAGGGAAAACCGCAGCAAACAUGGGGAGUUUGGCAACUGCCUCUCUUCAGAAGUCAUCAGAGAGUUCAGAGACUGACAGCUCUGAUUCCUCCGAGAGCGAAGAGGAUGAGAAGCCAUCAAAACAGAAAGUAUCCCCCCAAAAAGCAGCCACUCCUUCACGGAAGAUUGUGCAGGUCAACACUGUAACACCUAAUUCCAAUUCCAAUAAGUGCCAAGGAAAAAACCCUUCCACAACACCGGGGAAAGUGGAGUUGAGCUCUGCCAAGCCGUCUCAGAGCCAGACAUCCCUUACGAAGUCAGCUGAGAUUCUAAAACACAAGGAAAAUGCAACAAGGAGCAGCUCUUCAGUCAGCAAAGAGGAGGAAGACUUGGACUUAUCGCUACCAUUCGCAACUUCCACACAGAUUUUACAGCCUGGUAUAGCACAGAAACAAACGACAAGAGAGACAGACAGCUCAUCUGAAGAGUCCAGUGAUGAAGAGCUGGAGCCCUCCCAGUCUCUCUUAGCAGGUUUUACAGGUCUUUCCAAACCCCCAGUAGCCACUGUGCAGAAGAACAUUGCAUCUAAGCCAUCCAAACAAGGCUCUGGGAAAACAACAACCUCCACUACCGGUACUCCUGCAUUCAAUGCCCUUGCAAAGCCUUCAGAGAAAGUGGGCCCUGCUGACAUCUCAUCAAGUGACAGCAGUACCUCUGAUUCAGAUGCUGAGGAAACACCAGCUGGGCCAAAGGCAGAGACUGGGGCCAUGCCAUUUUCUGCAAAGGGAGCUGUUGUGGCGAAGAUGAGCAAGGUUACCGGGGCGGGGAAAACUGGACCGGCUGCCAUUACUUCGAAGGACAUUUCUGCAAAGAAAGCUUCAGCCAAGUCUGAGAGGAAUAGCAAAGCCAAAGGAAAUGGAGCCAUAAAGUUGUCUCUCAUUCCUCACACUGAGAAUGGAGAUAAGGCUGUAGCCCAAGGCCCUGGUGCAGGAGCCCAGGGGGACAUGAAGACCAGCCCUGUUGUGGCGGUCAAGACUCCCAAAACAGCAAAGUCAUCAAAGGCUGGCGUCAAAGAGAAGCAGAAUAAGAAACGGAAACUGGCCGCUGGAGAAACUGGCCUUAAGGAACCAAAAAGAAAAAAACAGAAAGGGCAGGCUGACUCGGAGGAGGGGAGGAAGAAGAAGAAGAAAAAAUCCAAGUCUAAAAGCAAAGGAAAGGUGCCAAAGGAAAAAGAUGGCAAGGAGAAAAAAUCCAAAUCCAAGAAAGGGAAGAAAAAAAUGCCUUCUUCUGUCACUUCUGAUGGGUCACUUUUGUUAAAGAAAAAGAAGAAGAAAAAGAAGAAAACUAGUGAUCUUGAGGGAGCAGUUUGAGCAAUAACUUACCAUGAGAAGUGAAUAUAUACUUGGAAAAGUUCAACAGAAAUGUGCUUGUAUAGUUUUUUUAAACAAAAGUGAUCAGACGUCAAAGAUUGAAUUUAAAUCUUAAUUUAUAACUAUUUUUUAACUGUCGCUUUCAGAGCUAAGCUUUGCUAUAUCCUUUUCUACCAAAAGAACUCAGGAGAUGUGUGAAUCAACUCGCUACAUCUUCUUUGUGGUGGAAUGGUCGGCCAGGGUCCUAGGGCCUGCCUCCUCCACUUCUGAUUCUCUCCCAGUGUCUAACAGUCUUAUUAAAGCACUGCCUUCAUCAACAAUAUUAUUCUCCACAAUAUAAAACAUAGUACUUUGAAAAAAGAGCAUUAUAUUGCCCCAGACAGCCAUUACCAAGGCUUUUGCUAUAGUUGCACCCAUUAUUUUGUUUCCCGUUCGGUAGGCUCUGUGUUGCUGUGAGAAACAAAAUGGUGGACACAACUAUAGCAAAAGGUAAGUCUUGCUAAUAGCCAUCUGGGACAAUAUAAAUGCUCUUUUCCCAAAGGAAUAGUACAGGGAAUAAUGAUUUUGACAGAGGCGGCACUUUAAUAAGCUUGUUAGACACUGCACAAGAAUCUGCACUGUUUUUGAAAUGUGGAGACAUGCUGCUGCAACUUCCACCACAGCAGGCAUGACCGCACUUGGAUCUUUGGAAAAGGGUAUAGCAAUUGCCCUACAUGGGAGCUUGGGGGUUGGGGGAUAUACUGGUGAUGUUGCAAGGAGAGGGCUCGGGCACUUGUAACUACAAUCGGAUUUAGAGAACAGGAAUCCUGCUGUGAUGACACAGUUUUUAACACUGUAAUUUUCUUUCUCACAGUCUGCUUCUUCUGUUGCUCCCAUUUAAGCCUUUAAAAGUUAUAUUUUUAAGAGCAUAAUUGGUUUUUGUGCUACUCGCUUUCCAGUUAAUUAUCAUUUUAACUUUAAAAGGGGGAGGUUCUCUGUGCUCUGUAGUCUUCUCUGGACUUGUGUUCAAAAUGUACAAAACUGUGUUGUCCCUAGGUUGGCUCUUGUUUUCUUUUUAUAUAUAGAACACAAUAAAACAUUUUUCUUCAGAAAAAAAAA